AUAUCAAAAACAAAAGAAAAAACCCUUCCCUUUUUGCUUUCUUCUCAGCUUCCUUGUUUGUUGUAUAUUGCAUUUUCAGUAUCAAUCAAAUGAUAUAAUAAUAUUAAUUCUGUCACUUCAAGCCUAAAAACAAGUCCAUUUUAUCAAUCCCCUAUGAAAAGAGGAAGUGUAAAAGAAGAGAGAUCUUGAAUUGGACAUGAUCUAAAAUGAUGGCAUUUAGCUUGGUUUCUGCAUGGAACAAGAGGCGUAGAAGAAAAAAGUCUUCUCAUAAUUUAGAUCAUCAAACUGCAGAUGAUCCUUGGAUCUAUAGACCAGUUGAGUUGUGGCAACUUGAGGAUCAAACCCUUCAAAGACCCUCCAAAAGACACCAUGGAUCUGCUGUCUUCACGCUUCGGGAAAUGGAAGAUGCCACGUGUUCCUUUAGCGAUGCUAACUUGCUCGGAAAAGGUGGUUUCGGUCGAGUUUAUCGAGGCACCUUGCGAUCGGGAGAGGUUGUAGCAAUAAAGAAAAUGGAGAUGCCAGCAUUUAAGGAAGCAGAAGGAGAGCGUGAGUUCCGAGUGGAAGUUGACAUUCUAAGCAGAUUGGACCAUCCAAAUCUUGUUUCCUUGAUUGGUUAUUGUGCAGAUGGGAAGCAUCGGUUUCUAGUUUAUGAAUAUAUGCAUAAAGGAAACUUGCAAGAUCAUUUAAAUGGAAUUGGAGAAGCAAAGAUGGAUUGGGAAAGGAGGUUGAAAGUGGCACUUGGAGCAGCAAAGGGACUUGCUUAUCUCCAUUCGAGUUCAGCUACUGGGAUGCCAAUUGUUCAUAGGGAUUUCAAAUCCACAAACAUUCUUCUUGACUCCAACUUGGAUGCAAAGAUAUCGGACUUUGGGCUUGCAAAGUUUAUGCCAGAAGGACAAGAAUCACAUGUGACUGCAAGAGUUCUGGGCACGUUUGGAUACUUUGACCCUGAGUAUACUUCGACAGGAAAACUGAGCUUGCAAAGCGAUGUAUAUGCAUUUGGAGUGGUUCUUCUUGAGCUGCUGACAGGCCGCCGAGCAGUGGACUUGAACCAAGGCCCAAAUGAUCAAAACCUUGUCCUACAGGUAAGACAUAUAUUGAAUGAUCGAAAAAAGUUACACAAGGUGAUAGAUCCAGAAAUGAGUCGAAGUUCAUAUACAAUGGAAUCCAUAGCUAUAUUUGCAAAUUUGGCUUCACGUUGCGUUCGAACAGAGAGUAGUGAAAGGCCAACAAUGACAGAAUGCGUAAGAGAGCUCCAGAUGAUUAUCUACACAAAAUUGCAAACUCGCAAGGCUUAAAGAUAUAAUGACUUUAUAUAUUAAGUAUACUUCAUUAAUUGUUUUGUAUUCGAUGAACUAUUCUUAAACCAAUUUAAAGUGGUGUAGAAAUAUGUGUCUCUUUGUGGGUAGUGAGUUUAAAUCUUUAUUCUCACAUUUGCGAUGUAAUAACUUUUUUAGGAAAAAAAAUACAAUCAACUAGUUCUUAUGAAA